AUGUAUGAAUUAAUUGAAAAUCUCUUAUCAACUGAUGAAGCAAAUGAUGCAUUCAAUGCUCUACGACCCGAAGGUAAUGAAGUUAAUUAUGGUCAAUAUUAUGCAAUCACAGAUAAUGCUUCCCUCGUUCGUCUACCACGUUUAAUGGGGUUUCAAGCAACAAUGAAUGAAUCUGGUGAUUUCCCGUGGUACCGAUGUACCAUGUCAUCUGUUCCUCAAAAUAAAAUCGUUUACGCCCUAUGGACACCAACUAUUCAGAAAGUUAAAAAUUCAAUAGAACAAAAAACAGGCGAGACUUGGAAUUUAGCGCAUGUUAUCUAUUAUCGAGAUGGUGACGACAGUAUGGGUAUGCAUAGUGAUACAAUGUUGGAUUUAGCACCCGGUUCCAAAAUCGCUGUUGUAAGCUUUGGUGCUACAAGACAAUUGGAAUUGCUCAAAAAACGCCAUAGUACGAUGGAUGGACCAUCUAACAUGAAAUUUGACCUUCCUGCCAAUUCACUAUUCUUACUGGACGAACAGACAAAUAAACAUUAUGUACAUGGAAUCCGAAAGAAAAGAAAACACGAUGUUGAAGAUCGUAUUGCAAUUGUCUUUCGACAUGUAACAACAUUCAAAACUGAUGAUGACAAAUUUUAUGGCUAUGGAUCAGCAUUUUUAACAAAACAGGAUAUUGUUCAANAAAAUAAACGGAUGCUCAAAAUAUUCUAG